UGGUCCGUCUCUGCAAAGAUUCCAUUUCCUCCCGAGCAUCCAAUGGUUCUCUCCCUUGUUGUUUCUUCUCCACUAAUCCACCUUCUAUCUCCGCUUCGAAGAAACCGAGAGGUGGGUCUGCCUGUCUUCUAGCACCUCGUCGUCGGCGUGCCCGAAGGGAGUAAGUUCGUGGUUUCUCCGGCCGCCCUCCAGCGGCGGCAAUCCCUGCUCAGAUGCCGGUCGUUGAUAUCACCCCGAUCUGCCUUGUCCAUUUCCAGCGAUCGGCACCGGUUAUUCUUGGGACAUUUGUGGCAUCCACCUCCGUCCUCUGACGGCCUGGCCCUAGGAGGGAAAACCCUGCCCCCUAUUCCAUUUGCGUUUAAUCCAAACAUAGGAUGUCAACGUGAAUUUAUGCGAUUAUUCCUAAUUUUGCGUCCUCAAUGCCUUCAACUCUCGCUGAGACCGCCUAACUUGGUUGGUUUCCGUGAAUGUGUCUUGGAUCGGUAUUAGGAAGAUUCAAUUCAACUUUAUGUACUGCAUAAGUCUGCUUAGAACCCAGAUCCAUUUGUACGGUACGGCCUAAGUCCCAAUAUUCUGUUGAUAUCCAUUGGGGUUUGGAAGUUGGCAGAUAAAUCCCGGCUUUGCUUCCCACGCCGCAAUUGUUCUUUUCUUUUGUUGGUACUGCAUGUGUUGGGAUAGCGUCUCCAUCACUGACCUAAUAGAUAUGGGUUGCUGUGGUUGCUUUGGAUUUUUGAGAAAGCGCCAUCGAUCCCUAAUGCCUCUCAGAGGCUCUGGUGCCCCCUUGUCCCAGGAGUUCCUUCUGCCAGAAAAUAUGGAUGAUGCUGAUGGUAUCUUCUACAACGGAGACUAUGCAAACACUCUAGAUGGAAGUGACACUGAUUUGCAGCGGCCAUCGAAACGUUCUGAAGAAAUUAUCUCGGAUAGAGCUAAAAAGGGAUUGAUAUGUAGGGAAGUCCCGGUUAAAGAAACUAGGAAGGUUAUUGUUUCUGAGGAUAAUAGUGGAAAUAAGAUGGUUAAUGAAUACAUCCGGGAAUGUAAGAUUGGUUCUGGUAGCUAUGGCAAAGUGGUCCUGUACCGAAGCAUCAAGGACGGAAAGCAAUAUGCAAUUAAGAUUUUCCAUAAAUCACAUUUGUUAAAGUUGCGUGUGGCUCCUUCUGAAACUGCAAUGACUGAUGUUUUUCGGGAGGUAGCGAUCAUGAAAAUGUUGGACCAUCCAAAUAUAGUUAAUCUCAUUGAGGUCAUUGAUGACCCAGACACAGAUCACUUCUAUAUGGUACUGGAAUAUGUUGAAGGCAAGUGGGUAUUCGAGGGUUCUGGUGCAGGUAAUAAUUUAGGAGAAAGUACCACUAGAAGAUACUUGCGAGACAUAGUUGCUGGCCUCAUGUAUCUCCAUUCUCAUAAUGUCGUCCAUGGAGAUAUUAAACCUGAUAACCUUUUGGUGACAAGAAACAACAACGUAAAGAUAGGGGACUUCAGUGUUAGCCAGGUCUUUGAGGAUGAUAAUGAUGUGCUCUGGAGAUCCCCAGGAACCCCUGUUUUCACUGCACCUGAAUGCUGUCUAGGUUUAACCUACCGUGGUAAGCCUGCCGACACAUGGGCCCUAGGUGUCACUUUGUAUUGCAUGAUAUUCGGGCAAUAUCCUUUUCUGGGGGAUACACUUCAGGACACAUACGACAAGAUUGUCAACAGCCCACUGAUCAUUCCUGAUGAAAUAAAUCCACAACUGAGAAGUUUGCUAGAAGGGCUUCUCUGCAAAGAUCCCCAGAACCGGUUUACCUUGCGUGUUGUAUCGGAGCAUCCUUGGGUCGUUGGCGAUGAGGGUCCGAUCCCGGAGUACUUGUGUAAGUGCAGGCGAAAGUCUUCUGCGUGAAAAAUAUGGCUGGAGCAUAUCUUGUCUUGGCUUGUGAGUUUGCUUGUGAAGCCUGUACAGAUGAUGGUAGUUGAAAUAUGAGACUUUGGUGGCUAUAAAUAUAAUGAAGAGCAUCAACCAAAA